AUGUUGGAGUCUCUAGUCGCGUCCAUCCUUAAUCGGUUCCUGGGAAAUUACGUUUCCAAUUUAAAUUACGAUCAGCUUAAUAUUGGUAUUUGGAAUGGGGAGGCGAAUCUUCGAGAUUUGAAACUUCGGCGAGAAGCACUUGACAAACUUGAUCUCCCCAUUGAUGUUUUGGAAGGAUACCUUGGACAGCUUACGUUAAGUAUCCCUUGGUCAAACUUGAAAACAAAGCCUGUCAAAGUUUUUGUAGAAAAUGUGUACUUGCUGGCAGUGCCAAAAACAGAAACAUCGAUAUCUUUGGAAGAGGAGGAAGAACGUGCCCAAUCGCUUAAGCAGCGCAGAUUAGACACUGCAGAUCUUAUAAGCAAAUCGUCUAAACAAGGCGAACAAAAAGAUCAAUCAGAUGAAGGAAAUGAUGGUUUCAUCAGCCAGCUCACGACCAAGAUUGUCGAUAAUCUGCAAGUUUCCAUCAAGAAUAUUCAUUUGCGAUUCGAGGAUAACGUGUCUGAUCCAGGUCACCCCUUUGCUGCGGGCAUCACGUUGAAGGAACUAUCUGCCGUAUCUACUGAUGGUGAGUGGCAUCCGACAUUUAUUAAUGAGAUGACCAACACGAUCCACAAGCUUGCAACGUUGCACUCGCUUUCAGUGUAUUGGAACACCGAUGCGCGAUCUCUUGCAGGCUUACCGCAUGAAGAAGCAACACGAGUCUAUACCGAUUUGGUACAGUGCCGACGGAAGCAGGAUGAUGCUGAACACCAAUACAUCUUGAAACCCGUUUCAGGCACUGGCAAGGUGAAACUCAACAAGCAAUUCGGCAAAGAUGUUGCCAAGACCGAUGUGACGCUAUUAUUCGAAGAACUUGGAAUUUGUUUGGAUGAUCAUCAAUAUCGCGACGCUAUCCUGUUGGUCGACCUGUUUCAUGCCAAUUUGAAGAAACAAAAGUACUUGAAAUACCACCCAGGCAAAGGCGCAAAACCUAAAACAAAUCCGCGAGCGUAUUGGAAAUUUGCACAGGAUGCUGUCCUAUCCGAAAUACACGAGCGUCAUUACAAGUGGACUUGGGACCAUUUUCGAACAAGGAGAGAUCAGCGAAAAGCUUAUAUCGAAAGUUAUUCUGCAUCAAAAUUGAACAAGGCGACACCAGAGCAAAAAGAGAAGCUGGAGAAGUUGGAAAGGGAUUUAAGUUUCGAGGAUAUCCGGUUUUACCGUAGUCUCGCUCGGAGCAAGCUGAAGCGUGAAAAGAUCAAAAUUGAGCAAGAGAAAAAGAAAGCAGCGAAUGAAAACAAAGGCUGGUUUAGUUCGUGGUGGUCUGGCUCUACCAACACAAGCUCUGAUAAGAAUGGGGAUGAUUCGGGCGAACAAAUUGUGAUGACAGAGGAGCAAAAACGUGAGCUAUAUGAAGCUAUCGACUAUGACGAAGAAAAAGCCAGCAUAGCAGCCUCUGUAGACAUGCCGAAAGAUACCAAAAAACUCUUGAUCAAUACCAAACUUAAUCGAGGCUCGCUGACUCUAAUGAAGCACAACGGAUCCGAUCAAUCACGCAGAGAUUUGACAUCCUUGGUCUUUGACACUGUCACAGCCGAUGUUAUCCAGUAUAUUGAGUCGGCCAGAAUUGCAGUAGGUCUUGGAGAUUUACGCUUAUAUGACAACCUUACGCCUAAAACAAUCUAUCCACAACUAAUUGGAGCAAGAAGUCGAGAUGGAACAGGGCGCUCUCUCGCUGAGGCACCAACAGAUCCACAAGCUUCAUCCCAUUCUGGAGCUCUAAGUGCAGAAGCAGGAAAUAUAAAGAACGAACCACUUUUCAAAGCUGUCAUUGAGCACAAGCCCUUUGAUCAUAUCGCAGACAAUGCGAUUAAAUUAUCCACCAAACGAUUGGAGAUCAUUUAUAACCCAGCAAUUGUCAAGGGCAUCAUGGAUUUCUUUAAACCGCCCGAUAACAAUGCAGAAAGUAUCAACGCCCUUCUCGAGGUUGCUGGAGACACGUUUGAAGAAUUAAAACAGCAAACACGCGCAGGCUUGGAAUAUGCUUUGGAUCAACAUACAACACUUGAUAUCGAUUUCGACAUGGACGCACCACUCAUCAUUAUACCCGAAAGCUGUGUCAAACGCAAUACAGCAUGUAUGAUCAUUGACGCUGGACACAUUCACGUGGAUAGCGAGUUAACAGAUCCGGGACUCGUUCACGAUUUAAAGAGUAAGAAGCAUAGCAAGGAAGACUAUCAGAAGCUCGAGUCGCUUAUGUACGAUAAGUUCCGAGUCGGACUAUCACAGACCAAGUUGCUCAUUGCAACAGAUGUCGAGGACUGCCUAGCACAACAGCAAGGGACGCGUGACGGUCAUGCUCAUGUCAUUGAACGGAUUGAUAUGAAUUUCCUUGUUGAGUUAUGUAUCCUACAACGCGCUGCACAGUUUACAAAGUUGAAGGUGUCUGGAGAUUUGCCGUUACUUUCACUCAGCAUUUCCGAUACGAAAUACAAGAUUCUUAUGCGAAUGAUCGAUCUUAUUCUCGACAGCAUUUCAGACGACGAUGCCAAGGCUAGCGAAGCCAGCAGCUCUGAACCAUCAUCAUCGAUUACGAUGCAACGGCAACGAUCUGCUGAUAUCAGCACUCCCUUGUCCAGUUCAUCAAGCUCGUACAUGGGCGGCAGUAUGCGAUAUCAGCAGGAACAGUUUCGCUUUGCUUUUCAAGUUAAUAAAGUGUCAGCGACGGUGUAUGAGACAUCUAGCAAUGGUGACGAUGUGCUGCUAUGCGAGCUGAACUUGGAUAUGUUUAAGCUUGAAUUCCUCAAUCGACCAUUCGAUAUGCUCGUCGAUGUAUCGCUCCGCUCACUCAACAUUGUGGAUAAAAUGGAACAUGGUGACGAGUUCCAUUAUCUGGUAACGUCUGAUACCUCAUCUGGAGACAGGGCGCCGGACGAAAACCUUGUAAGCGUGAAGUACAUGCAAGUCAACCGUACACAUCCGAUGUAUCAAGAAAUUUACCAUGGCUUCGAUCAAACAGUGGAGAUUGCAUUAUCGACACUCAAUAUUGUGGUGACAAGAAGCUCGAUCUUGACAUUGUACAACUUUGUUCUGAACACAUUUGCCGGCCCACCUGCAAAGCGUCUUUCUUCCGGCUCUGUUGUGUCAACAACAAAAGACGAGGAAGAAAAGCAGAAUGCGUCUUCGAGCAACACAAUCAAAGUUACCGUUCACAUGGACAGCUUGGAUUUAAUCCUCAACGAUGAUGGCAAACGUCUUGGAACAGCCAUCCUCUCAUACGGCGAUCUCACAGUCUUGCUCUACCCAAACACGCUCAAAGUUUCUGGAAGGUUUGGGAACUUAAAAUUAACGGAUGACACGGUGAUACGCGGGCACGCGCAAUCGAAGGAUAUUGAACAUGGUGCAUCCGAAGUCCAUCUACUGACGAUUCAAGGAGACGAGCUUGCUGAUUUUAUAUACGAGACUUUUGACCGAGAGUCGUCAACGUUCCCUGGAUACGACUCGCGGUUUUAUCUUCAUAUGGGUGCCUUCCAGUUCAUGCUUUUGGAUACGGUGAAACCAACUUUGGACUUUUUGAGCGAGUUCUUAGAGAUGAAGACUGUGUACGACGCUGCACGAGAGGCUGCUGCACAGCAGAUGCAGGAAACUGACACACGAAUGCACUAUGACAUCACCAUCAAGAGUCCAGUUGUGAUUUUCCCUGUGAGCGAGAACGACGACACAGUAAUUGCCAAUCUUGGUGAAAUUAGAGCUGCCAACGAAUUUGUAAAUGUCAAGCGCAGACGGACUGGUGACCUCAAUGUCGAGCCCAAGGAGUUGGCCAUGACCAAGAUUCUGUGUGGCCUCUAUACGAUUAGUCUUCACUCAAGAUCGAUCGUAAAAACCAAAGGAGAGCAACGCGAGCGAAUUCUGCCUAUCAUUGAUAAUCUAAAUAUCACAUUUGAUAUUCAAAGCCCUGAGAAAGCAGCUCCAGAAUGGGGACCAGCGACGAGCAUUAUCGGUCAUAUAUCAGAUGUCCGGAUGGCGCUCACCGAAAAUCAGUACAAGUGGCUGCUGGAUAUAUACAACAAAGUCAUGUCCACAUUUCUGGCUGGAGAAAAUGAUGCAAAUGGCGAGGUUAAUGACGAUGAGGGGGAGGAUGUUACGGGCCAAAGCGUUCACUCUUCUCAGUUUAGUCAGCUACAGAAGCAGCAUAGACAGCCGAUUCGAGGAGAUGAAAAGGCGCCAGCAACUGACAAGAAAAAGAAGAAAAAGAAGAGUGUCUCUAUCCAGCUUGAUAUGGUCAUGGACGUGGAUACAGUGUGUCUCGAAAUCCUAUCAGGCCCUGAUUUGGAUUUUAAGGAUUGGGGCAAGCAGCGACUGGCACGGCUGGCAUUCAAUGGCACAUCAAUGAAGAUGCAAACACAUUCGGACACAUCGCUCCUUCUUGAAGUACGGAUGAACUCGAUAACUUUUACCGAUACAAGACAAGAUUCUCAGUCCCAGUUUAAGGAUAUCAUGUCGGCGUCGCAUUUGUCUGGUGCCCCUCAAUUACAAGUGCAACUACAAAUGCCGGCCCAGGACGAAGAGCAGAUCAUGUUUGUUCGUGCUACUGUCGACUCGCCCAAGAUCGUACUCUCCCUUGAUUAUGUAUUUUUGCUGGUCAACUUCUUUAUGAAGCCGUUUGCACCGGAGCCGACUACCGAAGCGCAAGCCUUCGCCAAGACGCAACGCGAGCGCUUAAACAACAUCACCGGAAAUCAACAACAGCAGAGACAGCAACAGCAAGCACAGCCCAUGCAGCUACAUUACAGCGUCAAUGUGGUCGAUGUCCAGGUGGCAUGCUUGGCAAAGCCAGAAGUUACAUCGUCUGAGGCCAUUAUUUUCUCCUUCAAAGAGCUAUCAGCGGUUCAAAAGCAAUCGCUGACCUGCAAGUUGGGCAGUAUUGGCAUGGUCCUUUGCCGAAUGGAUGUGCGAGACGAAUCUUCUUUGCCGUUUAUACAUGAGUUUGAUAUCGAUCUCAAGAUGGAAACCUCAUCCAAUAUGCCCGGUUCCAAUAUCACGGUGAUUGACAUUGACGUAGAACCGUUGAUCGUACGUCUGUCCUACAAUGAUGCCAUGCUUGUACUUGACAUUAUCAACAAGGCGAUUGCAUUAAUGGGUGCUGGAGGCUCGCAAAAACCUGCCGGUGCACAAGGAUAUGACGAUGAAAAUGCUUGGGCAAUCAGCCGACAGCAAAAGAUUGAGCCAUAUAUUGUCAUGACUAAGGAAUCUCUUAAAGCUCGAUUCCAAGGCCUACAAUUCACGCUGAUUGAAGAUUUACAUGAUUUGCCUUUCAUUGACGCUAUGCUGCAGCCAUUCACAGUCAAUGCGUCCGAUUGGUCUAGUGCUCUCUCUGCGGAUGUAUUCUUCAAUAUGUCUGCCAGCAGUUUUAACUUUAGAAAUUCGCAUUGGGAACCUGUGAUUGAACCAUAUGGCUUCGGUAUUAAAGUCUCCCAAGAUGCAGCGACCAAGAGCAUGCAGAUAGGAGUUGAAUCAAACGAAUUUUUGAAUCUAAAUAUAACCCAUGCGUUCCUGGAAACUAUGAUGGCAGUUUCCGGCAGUAUGUUUGAGGAACAGCCCUUGUCCGACAGUGGCCAAAAGCAAGUACGACCCUAUCUAAUCCGAAACUAUACGGGUCACGAAAUCCGCUUCUGGAACAUGUCGGAUGACGCGCAAAAAGAAGGCGGCAUCGACAAUCGAAUGUAUAAGCUACAGAGUGGUGAAGAAAAGCCUUGGACUUUCCGCGAUUGGAAACGCCGUAGAGAGCGUACGAACUUGGGCAAGAAUUUGCUUGGCGUUCAAGUCGAAGCUUUUGAUUGGGAAAGUUUCCAACACAUCCCUCUGGAUCAAGAAGGGCAACACUCGUACAGAAUGAAACCGGAAGUGAGGGGUGUCUCUCAUCGCCUUAUUGUUGAUAUCCAGCUCAAGAACCAUGUCAAGCAAGUGACAUUCCGCAGUGGCCUAGUCAUCCAGAACCACGCGGCAGAGGGUAUCAAAGUAGCUCUGGUCAAUGCGAAGCGAAAAUUUAUGUCUCCCCAGUGGCACGUUGCACCCGGUGGUGAACAAGUGGUCCCAAUCGAACUGGUGUAUGAUUAUUGGCUGGUUGCGAAACCUGCAGAAGGCGACUAUCACUGGAGCCAACCUGGAGUCCAUUGGUCUGACAUUACGCAUCCUGAUGGACCGAGAUCUAUAUCGUGCGGUCCACCGUCUUCUGAUUCGGAUGCUUUUAAAUACCAGAUCAAUGGCGUGUACGACAAACUGAAUCCGAUUGCAAGAGAAUAUCCAAUUAUGGCAAUUCAGAUCGAUGCUCCUAUUGAGUUGGAGAACUCGUUACCAUUCCCAAUUUCUUUCGAGAUGGCAGACAAAACACAGGGAGUUUCAUUUCAAGAUACUAUUGCUAAAGGUGGAAACUGUCAUGUACACACGAUCAGCAACUAUAACCACGUAGCGCUCAGUAUUGAGGUGCCUGGUACACAUUAUAUGCCCAGUCAAUUGGUUGAUUUGGAUCUCGACGAAGACUCGUCAAAGGCAGGAACUAGGAUCCAGCCCAUUGAGCUAUUAGAUAAGGAUGGCCGACACCCGCUACACUUACAGCUCAGUAUAGCGCGGCUAUCAAAAGCCAAUAAUGCGCUUUAUAUCAAAAUUUAUACACCGUACUUGAUCCUCAACAAAUCCCGUCAACCUAUUUCUCUCAAGUCACGUAUCAGCCAUCGACAGUCUAAACAUCUGAUCUACGAAAUUCCUGCAGCACCUGACCAUGAUGAACUUAUCAAUCCUUUCAUGUUCUCUUUCCCAGAAAUGGAUCGCAAGAACCGUGUACAGCUGGCAGUCAAUGAAUCCAAGUGGAGUGAUCCCCUCAGCUUCGAAGCAGUUGGAAGCAUACAGGAUGUGACACUACCAACAACGGACAACGUUCAUCAGAUACACUUGGGUGUGCACGUAGAGGAAGGUGUUGGAAUGUAUCAUAUGACCCGGCUGGUCACCAUUUCGCCUCGUUUUAUUCUAAAAAAUAAUUUGGGUGACAAAAUCAAGUAUAGCGAGUUUGGUGUGCCGACAGAUGACUCCAUAUCGAUCAUUGAGAAUGGACAGAGAGUGCCUCUGUAUCACUUGUCCAAGUCGAAUAUACGCUGGCUCUGUCUUUGCCAAGAUCAAGAAGGGGCUUUGUGGUCCUCGCCCUUUGAUAUGCAGCAAAUUGGCGAUACACAUAUAAAAUUAGAAGUUACUGGUGAAAGUCGGCCCAUGCUGGUGCGUAUUUCUAUCGUCCUCAAAGACGCUGCAAUCUUUAUAUUCCUGGAGCGCGAAGAAACCUGGCCAUACUUGGUCAUCAACCUGUCGAGUGUCCCUGUCACAUUUUCUCAAACAGACACUGGUUUGGAAGAUUACAAACUCAAGGAUCGCCAACGAAAAGCGCUACCUCAAGCAAGGCAAUUCUCACUCGAGCCUCAUGAUCGAAUGGAAUACUCCUGGUGUAUGCCUGUUGCUCAUGAUAAGCGUAUCCAGCUUGACGUGUUUGGAAAGAAACGCGAUGUCAAUUUCCAAGCUAUUGGUACUCAGAUGCCACUACGCUAUAAGCAGCAUCGUUCCAGCCCAGUUUCUUCACGUCCUAUCAUGUCAAUUGAUGUUAUUGCUCGCGACGCGGCGUUGGUAUUGGUAUUAAGUGAUUUUAAUCCAGAAAUCAGUCUUUACCAGCCAAAGUCGUCAGGGGCAUCUGGAAGUUUGCGUGACACAUUUGAAACAGUGGAAGUGGAUUAUGUCGUCAACUAUUCCUUUGAGCUAAACUUGGCCGGCAUUGGUAUAUCCGUCGUUAACAAACGGAUGCAGGAAAUGGCCUAUGCUACGAUCCGGGCUCUUGAGUUCAAAUACACUGAUUCUAAUUUGUAUCAAUCAGUACGCGCUAGUAUUCAGUGGUUACAGGUUGAUAACCAGUUUCAUGGCUCGCUCCAUCCCAUUUUAUGCUUCCCGACAACACUUCCUAAGAAUGUCACGGAGCAAGAAACACACCCAACAUUCCAUAUGGCGCUUGACAAGAUAAAAGAUGAAGCUCAUGGUGUGUACAACUUUAAGGUCUUCUCUAUCCUUUUACAAGAGAUGACAUUUGCUGCAGACGAGGAUUUCCUGUACUGUCUCAUGGAGUUUGCUCAGUUCUCUAGUACUCCCCAAGAAAUCAAAAUCGAUGAAACGGCGCUAUUCAGUACACGAAUUGCGGAACCUGUGGUUCAGAAUACGCCCGCAUUGUACUAUUUCCAAGAGUUCUGCAUCCAGCCUAUGCGUUUAAACCUUGCAUUCUCGAGAACUGAUCGGAUUAACGCGAUCGAUGAAGACGACGAGGUUGGGAGAUCGCCCUUGCGCUACGUCUUUGACGUAUUCACCAUGACUAUUGGAAACGUGAACGACGCUCCAAUUAAGCUGAAUGCGCUAAUCGUUGAAAACCUGCGCGUUAGCUACGAAGACUUAAUGGAUCGUAUCAUGCUCCAUUACCGCGGGGAGAUUAUCUAUCAAGUUCACAGAGUGCUGGGUAGUGUGGACGUUAUUGGUAACCCAGUGGGCUUGUUCUCAAAUUUGAGUUCUGGGUUCGGCGAGCUCUUCUACGAACCCUAUCAAGGCUUUAUCAUGAGUGAUCGCCCACAAGAUCUAGGUAUUGGUAUUGCUAGAGGCGUGGGUGGUCUUGCGAAAAAGGUUCUUUUUGGCGUGUCGGACAGUAUGAGCCGCAUCACCGGAAGUAUUGGCAAAGGUCUAUCCGCAGCAACAUUGGAUAAAAAAUUCCAAGAUCGCCGCCGAAUUAAUCUUGCUCGCAACAAACCCCAGCAUGCUUUCUAUGGCGUUUCUCAAGGAGUUGGUUACUUUGGCUUGAGUAUUGCCAGCGGUGUUGCGGGUCUUUACAAACGACCUCUGGAAGGUGCUGAAAGCGGCGGUGUAGUUGGUUUCGCAGGCGGCGUCGGUCGUGGUCUCGUUGGUGUAGUGACGAAACCUUUCGUCGGUUUCUUUGAUAUGGCUAGCAAUGUCACAGCCGGUGUUCGUGAAACCACCACGAUCUUUGAUCCCAAUGACAUCACCCGUGAGCGCUUACCGCGUUAUGUUGGCAUUGAUGGUAUUCUCAGAGUAUGUGCUCUUUCUGUUUGCUAA